AUGGACGAAAAUGAAACCACAACAGUCGUCAUCGUCGGCGCCGGGCCAUCAGGCCUUAUGCUAGGGUGCAACCUCACCCGCUACGGUAUCGACGUUAUCCUCCUCGACUACCGACCUGAUAAAACCUCCACCGGAAAAGCUGACGGCAUGCAGCCGAAAACCAUCGAGACAUUCAAGCAGCUGCGGUUGGCGGAUGAUUUACUACGUACUGGGGUGCGGGUAUACGAUAUUGCUUUCUGGGAAUCAACAGAGAAUACACCCCUUCAUCGAACGGGUCGUCAAACGCAUUAUCCGGAUCAUCUAGUCGGGGCGUCAGAUCCGUAUAUCCUACUAGCGCAUCAGGGGAUCAUUGAAGAUAUACUGAUUGGGGAUAUAGAAGAGAGAGGGGUUUCUGUGCGACGGAGGAGUCGGUUUGUCUCAUGUGAGAGGUUAUCGACUGGACAGGUUCGCGUUGAGUAUCAGUCUGGUUCGGAAACCAGGAGUAUUCUAUCUGAUUAUCUGGUUGGAUGUGACGGGGCUAGAUCUGUCGUUCGAGAUUUCAUUCCCAAUGCGCAUCUGGAGGGGGACGUUACUAAUGCCUCGUGGGGGGUUCUUGAUGGAGUGAUUGAGACAAACUUCCCAGAUCUAUGGAGCAAAGUCGCCGUUCGAUCGCAUUCCGCAGGAUCGAUCCUCUGGAUUCCCCGCGAGCGCAAUAUGACUCGUUUAUACGUGCAGCUGUCCUCGACAGAUGGCGAGAAAGUUGAUAAACGAAUGGCCACACCAGAAUACGUGAUGCAUCGAGCGGUCGAGGCCAUGCGUCCGUUCAAUCUACGCUGGAAGACUAUCGAGUGGUUUGGGAAUUAUGUCGUAGGACAGCGCGCUGCUAGACAUUUCGCAGAUGAUGAAAAUAGGGUGUUUAUUGCAGGUGAUGCCGGACACUGCCACUCUGCCCUGGCCGCUCAAGGCGCAAAUACCAGCAUGCAUGAUAGCUUUAAUCUCGCGUGGAAGAUUAAUCUUGUGGUGCGUGGUCUGGCAAAUCGACGGAUCCUACGGACGUACGAGGAUGAGAGACGAAAAAUUGCGAAGGAUUUGAUCAGUUUUGAUGCAAAGCAUUGCGAGGCGUUCGCGCAGGGUGAUGAUGCUUUGGCUCGGAACUUUGAUGAGAAUAUUCGCUUUAUUUCUGGCGUUGGGGCGGAAUAUUCCCCUGGUCCUCUGACGUUAGAGACGCAGGUCGUCUCUGGAUUACGACCCGGCGCGUUGAUGGUUCCUGCUAGGGUGGUAAGGUAUAUUGAUGCCAAUCCGGUGGAUAUCCAGAUUGAUAUUCCCCUGUUGGGUCAGUUUCGUGUGUAUUUAUUUGUGCCAGAUGUAAGGACGGGAAUAGGGUUUUUGCAGACGGUUUGUGAGAAGGUGGACUCAGGAUUAAAGGAGUUAAAUGGUCUGGCACAGCAGUCAUACCAAAAGCGACCCAGGGGAUGGGCAAAGAAAGAUGAAUUACUCCAGCCACAGCGGUACACUUCCGUGUCGCAUUUUCUGACCUUCGCUUUGGUGACUCGGUCGUCUCGUUCGCUGUUCGAGGUGGUUGAUUUGCCAGACGUGCUGCAGAAGAGUCGCUGGACGUUGUAUCUGGAUGAACUGGACAAUCCGACUUGCACGGAGAAGUGGAUGGGAGAUGUCAAGAGCAGCCAGGCAGGCAUUGCUAUUGUUCGACCAGAUGGAUAUGCUGGGGGGAUGGGAUGUUGGACAGUCGAGCAAGGAGAACAGGCAGCACAGUGGACGCAAGACUAUUUUCAGAUCUGUAGAUGCAUAUAA